AUGUUACCUGUCUAUCUGAUCCAAGGCAAAACUCCUCGUCUAAGUAUAUCAAAUAAUAAUCAACGUCGAUUGUCGAUCGUUUCGAAACACUUUGAUAAUGAAUAUCAAAAUCAACAGCAAGUUCAAAUUAUAGGUUCUGAGUUAUCACAACCACUUUCUAAUGCUGAUGGUAGUACUAAUCGACGUCGACUAACGCAGAUUAUUUCUCUUGUUGAUGAUAAUAAUAAUAAAGAAAAUGUUGUCAAACUAAAAGGUCGUUAUCUCUUAUUAUUUAUUGUCGAACCAAUUCUCAUUGGUUGUCUUCUUUUUCCACUGUUGGUUCUUUUCUGGGAUUGUGGAUGGAAUCUCACUGUUACUAUGCUUAAUUCAUUGAAUGGCUUUCCAUUAACAUAUAAUCUCGAUGGACAGAAUUAUACUGAUGAUGUAUAUGGUAAUUAUUCACCUCAAUCAUUAAUCGUUCCCUAUGUGAUUGUUGAAAUUUUACUACUUAUUUUCUAUCUUGGUCAAGAUCUAUUUUAUGAUUUCUUUAAACGACAACAUACUCUUAUUGAAAUGAUUCUUUUGAAAAUUCAUAUGUUAAUUUUGUCAUUUAUGUAUAUUGUUCAAUGGGAAAUGAUUUGGACUAUUUUGGAUCAAUAUACUCCUCAAGAGUGGACAUUUACUAUGAUUCUAUCGUUGGCAUCGCUUUUCGUAUUGAUUAUUAUCACUGGAACUUUAUCGGAUUUAGUUUGUUCACCAUUUGUUGUCAGUUAUGAUUCGAUUGAAUAUUGUGUUCGAUUUGAAUGUCCACUUGUGACAGAACAUGUAAGUGGUUUACAACAUGAACGUAUAAUGACAAAGAAUUCACUUGAAUCCUAUUGUUAUAAUAUGAAAUCAGAUGCUAAUAAUGAUCAAAUAUCAUUAAAGAUUUCCAUGGAAGAUAAAACGACAAUAAAUGAAAUAUUUUAA